AUGAGCAUACUAAACACGGAUUCGGAGAACCGCGUGAUCCUGAACGUGGGCGGUAUCCGGCACGAGACGUACAAGGCCACCCUGAAGAAGAUCCCCGCGACAAGGCUGUCAAAGUUGACCGAGGCACUGGGCAACUACGACCCGAUCCUCAACGAGUACUUCUUCGACAGGCAUCCGGGGGUCUUCGCCCAGGUGCUCAAUUACUAUCGCACCGGCAAGCUCCACUAUCCGACCGACGUGUGCGGGCCGUUGUUCGAGGAGGAGCUGGACUUUUGGGGCCUCGACUCCAAUCAGGUGGAGCCAUGUUGCUGGAUGACGUACACCCAGGUACAUAUAUACACGCAUCGACCGUCGAUCCAUCGAGCUUUCGGUUUCGCUUUUCGUUUAUUGUCGGCUUGUGUGUUCACUUGCGUUUGUCACUCGUAGAGUUGCGGAUGCGGCUUCAGAGACGAAAGAUUUGUUAAUUUUAAGCUUCAAAUUUUCUCAAUUUUUUGAUCUUUUGAAUUUAUGUUUCUGCUAAAGGAAAAUUUCUUUUUUUUUUUUUACUUUAGGAAUUGUUAGUUCAGGCUUGGCAAAGUUUUACUUUCGAUUGAAGGAUUGGUGAAUUAGAUUAGGCAAAGUUUUAUUCUUGGGAUCUCUAUUUUCAAGCAACUGUUGAGUUAGAUUAAAUGAAGUUUUACUCUUAUUUUCAAGCAAUUGUUAGGUAAAGUUUUCAAUGAAAAUAUAUUAUUUUCAAUAAAAUAUUAUUUUCUUUGAACUAGAUUAAGUGUAGCCUAAAUUAAGCAAGCUUCAUUUGCAAUUUAGUAUCCACAGAAUGUCGCUUAAGAGAAAAGUGAACUCAAGAAAUGCAUGAAUUCCGAAGUAAAAAAUUUUUUGGCCUCUCAACGUGUAAAUGUCUCUUAUAACUUUUAAUUAAUAAUUUAAUCUGUAGAUGUAGUCUUAUAA